AUGUCGACGGCGCUGGCGCCGGGGAUGGCGCGGGGGCACGGGUUCCGGGGCGCGGGGAAGGGGAAGCAGCGGCCGGAUUCGGAGGAGCCGGAGACGAAUCGGGGCGGCGGCCCCAACGGGUUCUUCGUCGAGGAGGAGGAGGGGGAUGAGGUUGGGAGGGAGGAGCUGCGGGAACUGGAGGAGGCGCUAUCGGAUGCGUCCUCGAUCGGGGCGGCCUCCUCGGAUAGCUCCUCGAUCGGGGAAGACUCCACGUCGGAGAAGGAGGAUGGAGAGGAGGAGGAGGUGGAGAGCGAGGCCAAGGCGCCGGUGGAUGAAGUGCUCGCUAUGGGGCUCGGGACCCUCGAGUCUCUCGAGGAUGCGCUGCCCAGCAAGAGGGGCCUCUCGAAUUUCUACGCCGGCAAGUCCAAAUCCUUCACGAGCCUGGCCGAGGCUGCGGCCAAGGCGGCCGCCAAGGAGAUCGCCAAGCCGGAGAACCCCUUCAACAAGCGCCGCCGCGUGCUGGCGGCAUGGUCGCGGCGGAGGGCCUCCUGCAGCUCGCUGGUCACCACAUACCUGCCGCCACUCCUCUCCCUCGACCACACUGUGGUGGAGGGGGACGAGGAGGAGGAGGAGGAGGAAGAACGCUCGGACGACGGCGACGACGAGGGUAACGGCAGCGGCAAUGGCAGGAGGGAGAAGGCCCCGGCGUCGCCCAGGUUCCCUCCGCGCAGCCUGCACAGCGCGUCCCAGAAGGCAAGCGUCAUGAGUAGGAACAUGAUCAAUCCAAACACGAGCUCAUUCCGAUCUCCAAGGUCAUUCUCCCUAUCAGAUCUGCAAAACGCUGGAUACAACUAG